AUGUUCGGGUUCAGUCGCAAAAACGAGUUCCCCGUCGAGGGCCGAACUGUCCUCAUCACUGGUGGCUCUGAUGGCACGGGCCGAGCUGCCGCUAUCCAGCUUGCUAGCAAAGGCGCUCAUGUUGUGGUCGUUGCUCGCACAGUCUCCAAGCUCCAGAGCACUGUUGACGAGAUGAAGCAACGCUUCCUCUACAUCAGUGCUGAUCUCACCGAUGCCAAUGAGUGUGAGCGUGUCGUCGGUGAAGUCACUGCCUGGAAUGAUGGGUCUGCUCCUGACAUCGUCUGGUGCUGUGCUGGGUUCUGCCACCCUGGAUUCUUCACCGAAGUGCCCCUCGCUGUCCAAAAGCAGCAGAUGGACACCGUCUACUGGACUGCUGCCAACAUGGCCCACGCCACUCUUCGCAACUGGCUGGCUCCUGUCGCACCAAGUGAGCAAAUGACCAACUCACGCCGACACCUCAUCUUCACCUGCUCCACUCUUGCCUUUACUCCCAUUGCUGGCUACGGUCCCUACUCGCCUGCCAAGGCUGCCAUUCGCUCCUUAUCUGAUACUCUCAGUCAGGAGAUUGAGAUGUACAAUGGAGCCUACACUCAGCGACACCGUAACUCGGCUCCUGCUGCUGAUGUCAAGAUUCACACUGUCUUCCCCAUGGGCAUUCUCAGUCCCGGAUUUGACAACGAGCAGAAGCUCAAGCCCGAGCUGACCAAGAUGCUCGAGGAGGCCGACAAGCCUCAGACAACCGAGGAGGUGGCCAAGAUCGCCAUCGCUGCUCUUGAACGCGGCGAAUACCUUAUUACCACUAUGUUUGUCGGCAACAUCAUGAAGGGUACCGCUCUUGGACCCAGUCCCCGAAACUCCAUCAUCGGCGACACCUUGCUGAGCUGGCUCAGCAACCUGGUGUUCCUCCAGGUCAUUCCAGACCUUCGUAACAAGGCUUUUAACUGGGGAAAGACCAACGGACUCCCAUCGCCCCCGGGCACUGAGGAGAGCGCUUCCUAG